UCGAAAAACUUUACAAGUUUUGCGUUCAUCGUCCAUCCCACACGUCUUUUUCUAUUCCGUUGUUUUCUGUCAUUUUAUUACAUUCGUAAUCUUGGGAUUAAAUAAUUCUGUGGUGUAAAAGUUUCGUAAAACAUGCAUGAAAAGACUGUUGUGUAAUAAAUAAACGUCCUUACUAAACUAAGAAUACCGUGCUGAUAAGUGAAUAAACGAAGGAAUGGCGAGACCGACGCCGCCCGAUGCCUCGUCAACGAAACCGUUAUGAAUUGACGCGAGAGCAUUACGAAGCCAGUUCCUUGUUAUGUCUGUGAUCCCGGCUUAGCUUGUGAUAGAUAUGGAUACCCUGCACGUGGUGCAUGCCCACAGCAAGGGCUCCAGUCGGAGCCAGUCGCCGUCGACAGCAGACCUGGCGAGGGACCCGGCGGUGGUGACGGAUGACGCCGUCAUCAGGUCCAGGGUCCAGUCGCCUUCGAGCGUGCACCAUGUCGUCAGCGAGCCGUCUUCGACGUCGUCAUCAAGGCAUGGGGAGAGGCCACAUCACGUCAAGUCGCACUCGAGGGACCUCGGCAACAGUCCCCUGUCUGCUAACACCACCGGCAAUAGCACCAGAGAUCUGGAAGACUCCCCACAGAAGAAGAUACUUUCCAGCGUGAUAGCUCCUGGCGACUACUCGAGCGCGGUGUUCAGUCCUAACGUUUCGUAUGCGUUAUCUUCGGCAGACGAAUAUGGCUCCCCGGCGUAUAGAGGUCAAGACGGCGAUUACACUAAUCAAGAUGAGAAUGAUGGUGGCACAAGCGUGACGUCAUCAAAGGCGUUAGCUGCCAUUGCGCACCUCAACUCCAAGAUUGAACGCACGAAGGACUUGAUACGGUUCGAACAGACUAUUAGGGAUGAUAACGUAAAUGAAUACUUGAAACUAGCAGCGAACGCUGACAAGCAGCAGUUACAGCGCAUCAAAGCGGUUUUCGAGAAAAAAAACCAGAAGAGUGCGCUCUGCAUAGCUCAGUUACAGAAGAAGUUAGAAGGCUACAACAAACGCAUCAAGAACUGGGAGCAACAUGGCACAAGUGGGCAGGCGCACAGACAACCGAGAGAAGUGCUACGAGACAUGGGACAAGGACUGAAAAACGUGGGCGGCAACAUUAGAGACGGCAUCACGGGUCUCGGAGGCAGCGUAAUGGCGGCGCCGCGGGAGUUCGCGCAUCUCUUCUCGCGGUCCAACCGCUUCGGAUCGGCCGAUAACAUCGCGCAGCUGGCCGCGAACGCGUCGUCGGAAGGCUCGCGCGCGUCCGAGGCCGGCGAGGCCAACGCUCCGCGCGGCUCCACCCUGCCCCGCGCGGCCACCUCCCCCGCGCCGAAAUACUCGCCCGACGCCUCGCCCAGCUCCUCCGUCACCAGCGAGGGAGCGCCGUACCCGACGCAAAGCGGUUCCAACAACAUAUCAGAAGCGACGUUCACGAUCAAGCCGAUCCUCAACGAGCUGCGUGAGCGCCGCGAGGACUACGAGCGUUUGGCCGAGAAGAUUGACGCGCUCAAGAACUUGUCACAAGAGGUGUCAUUCUUGUCGGCUGCACUGCAGGAAGAACGCUUCAAGACGGAGCGGCUAGAGGAACAAAUCAAUGAUCUCACUGAACUACACCAAAACGAGGUGGAAAAUUUAAAACAAGCGUUGACUGACGUAGAAGAGAAAGUGCAAUACCAGAGCGAGGAGCGGAUACGAGACAUCCACGAAGCGCUCGACCUCUGCCAGACUAAAAUUAGCAAACUAGAGCAAUGGAUGGCGGGAGGCGGCGGCGGCGGCGUGGCGGGCGGCGGCGGCGACACCGGCGGCGCCGCCGCGCUCCCGCCGCGCCUGCUGCUCGUCAAGCUGCUCAACGUGGCGCUCACGCUGCUGCAGCUGGCUCUACUGCUGGUGGCCACUGUCGCCGGGGUGGCCAUGCCCUUCCUGCGCACCAGAGUGCGCGUCCUAACCACAAGCCUGGCAGUAAUGGUGGGUGUUAUGGUGCUGAAGCAAUGGCCGGAGGUCACGCAGCUGUCGGAAGCGCUGGUGCGCCGCCUCAAGGAAUACAUCCUCGACUCGCGCCACGACAGGUAUGAGUGCAGAUCGUUAUGUGGUUGAUUUUCGGGCGUUUUAGAGGAAUUAAUAUUGCAAUUUUGUCCUUCUCCGAAACGCCGCAGAAACGGCGCUACAGUGAUAUUCCUAUUUAAUUUAAGGCAGAAGUUGUAAGUAAACUCUUCUGUUUUCAUUGAGUUUCAGGAAAGUGACAUUUGAACCUGUCAAUGUCAUUCAGCGCUAAAAUGUAUGCUCAGUCAAUCGAAAAAAGUGACAGUUCAAAUGUAAUUUUUCUGACUCCAUUAUAAAAUUAGAGUAAACACUCUGAUACACGUAUCAAACAACAUAAUAUUUUGAUGUCAUAAAUGUAGUAUAAAUGUAUAUUCGCAGACAUGGAACUAGUAUCGAUUUAAUUUCAUACUCAUUGAAUAGAGAAUAUUGAUCAUUGAUAUGUGUAUCAGAGUUCGGACUGCCUAUUUUAAUUAUUUUUAUUACUUACAUGAACAAUAAAUGUGAUUAUAAUCGGGCUGGCACCCUGAACUUUUAACUGUAUAAUAGUAUUGAAUUGCAAAAUGAUUUAUAUGAAAUGGCCGUUGAAUUAUAUGUUCAAGUAUGUUGUAUGCUCUUUACAGAAAUAUCUAGGUUUAUUCAAGAAAUAAAAGCAAUAAGAAAGAUUGAUUCGUAACUUUAUCUAUGGAAUAAGCGACAUCACAUGUAUCAAAAGCAUCUUUAAAUGCUUCUCUUAGAAAAUUUCACACGAUAUCGUUUUGGAAAACUAUUUAUUAUUAGCGAUUUAGUUAAUACGAGAGUUCAUUUUUGUAUAUCUUUAAAGAAAAGGCUGAGUUAGUUGAAAUUCAACAAAAAUGUCUAAAUAUCUCGAAUCGCCGACAGAUAGAGGUCGAUAACGUUUUAUUGUUGUAUUAUUUCAUUUGGUGACGGAGUUAUGUUGUAAAGGUACGUUCACACUGUUACGAACGAGCGUCAUUUGUUAGAGACACAAGGCCUGUUUCCUAUGGCUAUUAGGAACUUAUCUGUCAGAUAACUAUUUAAACUGUUAGCGAGUUCAGUUUAACCAAGUCUUCUUUUGCACCAGUUUAGUUAUGUCUUUUACAAAAGUCGCCACGUAGCUAUGUGAAUAGUCCUGAAUUUGAAAUGUUGAUGUUGCGUUGGUAUAUGCACAUGUAUAUAGUAUAGUUUAUCAGAGAGUAUGUAUUUCUAGCACGUUGUUGAUUUGUGUUCGUGCGUACUGCUUGCGAUGCCGGUGGUUGGUUUAUAUUUUUGUUUUGUUGUCAUUUUCUUUCUAUUGAAUUUUCUUUUGGGGUGUUGUUGCCGUUCGACUAUUUUUCAUUCGAUUUUCAUUUUUUUGGAUUGAAGUGAUUUUUUACCUACAGUUCAUGUUUGUGGAAAAUUACUAGGGCGGAAGUUUCAACUUCCAGAUAAAUCCAAUUAGUAAGAUGCCAGAUUGUGAAUGAAAAAUGUAUCCCAAUAUCGAAUGAAUUUGUCUGAUAGUUGAAAAAUUUUCCCUCAAUGUCACAACUCGCAAGCAUGCCAGCGAACAGUCAAAUAUUUUUAGUGUUGGUCAAGGCAACUGUCAAGUGACAGACAGACCUUUGAAUAAUCGAGUAUUUUUAUUAUUCUAUAGCUUUAUUGAACUGGUGAUGUUGUCGGUUCGGAACGGGAUCGUUAUUAUUAAAAACUUAUUUAUUCUAUUUUAAAUUUAACUCGUGUUGAGUUCAGCAACACCGAUGUUGUCAAUUUGUAAUUUUAAAACGAGUCGUAUACAAAUUCUAAACUUUAUUAUUAGCUAAUGAACCAAGCUAGAUAGAGAGGCGGUUUGUGGAUCACAUGACCAUUAUUUUUUACUUACGAGUAGUUAGCUAUCGAUUGUUAUAUUUUAACUAAGUUAAGAUUUUUAUAAAGUAUACAAUAAAAUAUGCUUUAAUACAUGGUAUCGGCAGACACAAAAGUAAGCUUAUAUCUCUGUACGUCUUAAUAUUUGUAGUGUUAAUCUGUAAGUGUAACCAUCUUUUGUUUCUGACUGUACCGACGUAAAAUUAUACUUUUUGAAACUAUUUACUCUUGAGGUUGAAGUUAAUCAUAUGACAUGUUAAAAAUAUUUCAGUUACAAAUUCUGUAAAUUAUUUUUUUAAUCGAGGCUAAAAUCGCAAUAAAAAGUAGACAAUUAGCCAGCGAAAUCACAAUUUCAUUAUUAGGUGUAAUUGUAUAAUGCUCAAUAUUUAUUUUAGUGAUAUUCGUAUGGUCCAUAAACCACCUUUUCUCGUUAUUGGUGAACUACUUAGUGAAAUCUUUUUUCUAUUAACAAAACUAUACAUGAUAUUGAUAUUUAUAAUGUGAACAUUCCAAAAUUUCUUACUGAAUUAGAACAUUAGCAGCGGAGUUAGCGUAGAUCCAGUUAUGGCAUUGUUGAUGUACAAAUAGAUGCUUUUUACGUCUCCGAUUCAUGUUGUGUGUAUAUUAUGUAAAUAUUUUUUUACACAGCGCUGUAUAAUUAUAUUGAAAUGUUAAUUUUAACGUUGAAUACAUCCAUGAAAAGUCGCAUGCAGAAUAUAUUUUUGUAAGUAUUCUGAUUUUACUGGAGUAAAUUAUUGAUAAUGUGUAGUUUUAUACUUUGAAAACUAUCGCUUUGAUAUCAUUGUCAGAUCUAGCUCGUUCUUUUUGUACAUGCAUACAUAUCUUGAGCUAUGUUUAUGUGUUGUGUAUUACUAUUUUAGCAAAAAUUGUGUUAUUUAUAAUUUUAAUGAGUAGGAUAACUUACUCCAGUGAACAAGGUCUACCAUAGCAUCUGUGUACGAUUUCUGUAUAUCCCAAUCACUUUCGUAUAAACCCUGUAUAUUUUAUCUGUGUUCAAGCUGACCCAUCGAAAUUGCGAAGUGUUUAUUUUCUGUUGCCGGCUAUGAAUUGAAAUAAAUCAUCACAAUUUUAUUCAAAUUGAAAA